GCAUAGUCUGUCGAGGGAGUUACCGCAGUGAGUAGCCCUAACUCCAGGUAGACAUAAUAUGGACCUCAGGAGAGACACAAAGUGUGUCUGCACGCACAGAUGGAAAAUCAGGGAAGGCUUCCUGGAGGAGGUGCCAUUUGAACUUGGUCUUGAAGGAUGUGUGCAGAUUUGCGAGGUGGACUCUGAGGGUAGGGAUGCUCCCGGAAGAAUGCAUAGCCUAUGCAAAAACUAGAGAGGUGAAUAGCCUGGCAAGCUGGGGAUAGCUUUAAGUAGCUCAGGGUAGUAGGGUACAAAGGAAGAGGUGAGACUUGGGCAUUAGAAAAUGAGCCCAGGGGUCAAAUUUGUACUGGGCUUCCCUAAAUGCUUGGAGGAGCAUCGAUUAAAGCACUGAGACAUCUGUCUCAGUGUGGAGGAUGAAUUGAAUUUAGGGGGUAGGGUAGGGAACUGAGGACAUGGAGACGAGUUAUGAUCCUGGAAAGGAUGCCAGACAAGAGAUGACCUAAAGUAGAAUGGAUCUGCCUGUGGAUGAGUGGAAAUCAUAUAUAUUUCAGAAGUGGUCUUUGCUCCCAAAGUCCAUUCAGGACACAAUUUCUACGGCAGACACUUUAAGGGAUAUCUUUCUUCACUCCUCUUCACUUCUUCAACCUGAGGAUGAGAUGUUUUUAAAAAGUCUCUCUAGAGGUUACCUGGUGGGAAAGGACCCCAAUGCUCCCCCUUUCUACAGAGAAGAAGGAAACAAAAAAUUUCAGAAGAAGGAUUAUAUGGGAGCCACAGUGCUGUACUCUAAGGGAAUAUCGCAUGCAAAACCUCACAGUGCAGACAUUUCACUGUGUUAUGCCAAUCGCUCUGCGGCCCUUUUCUACCUGGAUGAGUAUGAAUGGAGCAUGUUCAAGAUUAUCCCUGCAGUAAUAUGGCUCACCCUCAACACGCAUUUUGAAUGGAUGUGUCUUAAAGACAUCACGAGAGCACAGAUGCAUGGGUAUCCAGAAAGUUUGCAACCCAAGGUGACGUUGCGUAAGGUCGAAUGUCUGGUGACCCUAGGGAGACUACAGGAGGCAGGCCAGACCAUCAGGGAUCUUGAAAGUAACUUUGCUGCCAAACCAAGCCUAGCAGCUGCCCAGUUUCAAAUUCUGCAGAGAAACCUCUGUCGUCUGAAAAUGAAGGUACAAGAAAGGGAGAAUCUCACAGCAUCCUUCCCAGCAACUCUAACGAAAGCCUUUGAGGAUAUGGACCUAAGGGAAGAGAAUGAACAGAUUCCCGGUGCAUCAUCAUCGGUCAGCCUAUGCAUGGACCCUUUAAAAGGCCGCUAUCUGAUUGCCACAAAAGAUAUUCUCCCGGGAGAGCUCUUGGUGAAGGAGGAUGCUUUUGUGAGUGUCCUUAACCUGGGAGAAAGGCCACCACUACAUCAUGGCGUAGAGAGCAAGUGGGAUACCCAAGUUACUAAUGGGGACCUCUACUGUCACCGAUGUUUGAGGCACACUUUGGCCACUGUUCCCUGUGAUGGAUGUAGCUACGCCAAGUACUGCAGCCAUGAGUGUAUGCAGCAGGCCUGGGAUCUCUACCAUAAUAGAGAGUGUCCUCUAGGGGGCCUGCUGCUCACCCUGGGUAUCUUUUGCCACAUCGCCCUGAGGUCGACUCUUUUAGCUAGAUUUGAGGAUGCCAGCAAAGUCAUAAGAAAGCUCUGUGUUGAGAUGACUAACAAGGACAUGUGUUCACCUGAAAGUGAGAAUCUGGCACAAACACCCAGUUCUGACCUGGGAGGGGAGAGUGAGAAAAAUGGCAAAACAGUUAAGACCCCAGUUCCAGGUUGUAAUCUUAAUGGCAAAUACGAAAAUAACUAUAAUGCUGUCUUCCACCUCAUGCCCCAUACUGAAAACCAUAGCCCAGAGUACAAAUUCCUCUGUGCUCUCAGUGUGUCAGCGCUCUGCAGGCAGCUCGAGACAGCCGAUUCCUCGAAGCCGGCCACAGCGCCUCCUGCCUGGUGUUCCGAGUUGAGUACCUGGGGAGUGGCCAUGUUGAAGCACAUGCUCCAGCUGCAGUGCAAUGCUCAGGCAGUAACGACCAUUCAGCAACCAGCACUUUCAGGAUCUAAAGAGAACAGCGUUAGCAACAGCAGACAGGUCCGCCUUGCCACAGGCAUCUUCCCUGUUGUCAGCCUCCUGAACCAUUCCUGCAGCCCCAACACCAGCGUGUCCUUCAUUAGCACAGUCGCCACCAUCCGGGCAUCAGAGAAGAUUGGAAAAGGGCAAGAGAUUCUCCAUUGCUAUGGGCCUCACCGCAGCAGGAUGGCUGUUGCCGAGAGGCAGCAGAAGCUCAGGUCUCAGUACUUCUUUGACUGCGGCUGCCCGGCCUGUCAGAAGGAGAAGCACCAGGCUGCUGUCGGGCCCCGGUGGGAGGCAUUCUGUUGUGACCGGUGCGGAGCGCCCCUGCAGGGAGGUGACAUUCUGAGCUGUGGCAGCACAUCCUGUACGGAACCAGUCAGCAGGGAUCGCCUCAUCCCCCGAUUACAGGACCUUCGGCAGCAGGUUGGGCAGGCCCGGAAGCUUUUCGGAAGUGGUCAGCUAGAGCGAGCCAUUCAGCUGUUGUUGGGGUGCCGGCAUGAUGCUGAGAGCUUCCUGUCAGCAGAACACAGCAUGGUAGGAGAAAUGGAGGAUGCCCUGGCCCAGGCCUACGCUGCCUUAGGGGACUGGCAAAAGUCAGCUACCCAUCUCCAGAAGAGUCUACGAGUGGUUGAGGUUCAGCAUGGGCCAUCCAGUGUUGAAAUGGGCCAUGAGCUCUUCAAACUGGCCCAACUCUUUUUCAACGGGUUCGCAAUCCCAGAAGCACUGAACACAAUACAGAGGGCAGAAAAGGUUCUGAUGGUGCACUAUGGCCCUUGCAAUGACGAGAUCCAGGAGCUACAGAAGAUGAAAUCUUGUUUAUUGGACUUGCCACCCAUCUCAUUGGGGCCUUCAGUGUAGAACCCAAGGCUUUCUUCAGAUAAUUAACUAUCCUCCCGUAAAAACUCCCAGUUCCCAGAAAAGACUUCAAACUGGUGUCUGGAGAGCCUAAACCCUUUAAAAGGAUUUUAGCUGAUCUGCAGGCAUCUGGAUGUUAGCCUGGGGUUUUGGCUAGACUCCAUCUCACUAAAUGAUGAUAGUCUUUCCCUGGAACAUUCCUGUGGUUUCUAGUAGUAAUGACAUGUUAUGUACCACUCCAGUGGGAAGUUACGCUCUUAGUAGUUGUGUUGUAAUUGAAAAAUAAUUAUAAAGCAAGAAAUCACCGAGGCUCCUUACCUCUAGAGACACCAUUUCAUGUAUCGGAUCUAGCUUUCUCGAAUCCUUUGUUAAAACUGGUACAGUGUAAGUUGUGAGUGGAGAAAUAAGUAUGGGGCCACUUUAUUGUUGGGCAAUCUCUUCCUGGGAUGGCAACUCUAAAUUUGUCUCCUGCCAGUUUUCCAGUCCUUAUUAUCUGCCUCUCAUUAUGUACUCUUGGCAGACCCGCUGACCAAACACUAAUAGAAUCAUUGCUGCUUGUGGUUUCAGACUCCAGCGACAGAGGGGAGGGGUGAUAGCUCUUUCCUGCCUGGAUGUGUAGAGCAAUAGUCUAGAUUUCCAUCCUGGCCAGAAGGCUGGGAGACUCUCUGUUCUGAACCCUGAUGGCCAUAUCACUGUCCGUGACCGAGUGGUUCCAGUGAGUUAGUGGAAAGGAACGUCAGGUCCACGCUGCUUUGACAGCUUGCCCUCCCUGGACUGCCCAGGAAGUCCCUGCUGCUAGCCUCAGCAUUAUCAUCAGGAAAUGAAUAGCCUGGAGAUGUCUGGCAGUAGCUUUUCGGGAAACUGAGUGUUUAGAACACAGUUUACAUUCAAAAACGUGUGAGUGAAGGUCAGGCAGAAUCUCAUUUAUUCUUCUUUCUACUAAUUCACUGUGGCAAGGCAGUGGCCAGUGAGAUUUUUUUUUUCAUGGAGAUAAAUUUUUCUUCUUGAAAAUUUAGUCCUGAGGACAGCUCUGUAUUCUGUGCCAAACACUUGUCGUGUUUCAUGUUCCUAAAAAAAGGUCCUCUUAUACUCUGUAAAAUAGGCAUGCUUCCUUAAAAAGAAUGUGUUUAGAAUUUUCACAUAUCAGGUUCCCAUUUUAGGUAUUCUUUGGGAGCUUUCCUUAAAUGCUUUAUGAAACAUUAAGUUACAGAUUACAUCUCUUAUCUGUCCGUGUGUUAUCCUGUGUUGUCAGGUGACAUUAGCUUGCCUGGGGGAUAUCUGUGCUUGCAUGAAAAGCUGAAGUUUUGGGGCGCCUGGGUGGCUCAGCCGGUUGGGCAUCUGCCUUUGGCUCAGGUCAUGAUUCCGGGGUCCUGGGAUCGAGCCCUCCGUCGGGCUCCCUGCUCAGCAGGGGGCCUGCUUCUCCC